GUGUUAGAAGGUAGCCUCUACGUUGAUGUUGGGACUAGGCGUGUUUUACUCACACCUCUCAAACCUGAGCUUCAAGUACCUCCAUGGGUCCGAAAUCGAGUUAUUCCAGGACCACCAUUCCCUGGGCAGCGGUUCACCAAAUUUCUGUUGAGCAGCCCAGCAGCUGUCGGCCCAUACAUGCUGGAUUUCAUCUUUUACGAGAACUACUAUAGGUACAUGGAUCAGGCAUUGGCCCCUGGAGGGGAAGGGAUCGACCUCAUUCAAGUGCUUUGCAUGUUUGAUGCUGGAGGCUCAUGUCUCGCGUUGCCAUCCUUGAUCCCAUUCAAUAUGACCAUCUCCCGAAUUAUGGGUAUCAUCCUCGGAAGGUGGCUAGGUGGUAUUCUCGGAUACCAACCUUACUACAGGGAGUGGACUACUGACUGGGAGACGGCACGGAAAAGAAUGGAGACCUCCCCGUUUCAGCGACGAUUUGCCCGCCCAUGA